UGAAUUAUGAGUGUGUACUGUAAACGCAAUAAACUAGCGUUCACAGGUCAAAAUUGAAUCUUCCAACCUCAGACCUUUUCGCAAAUGCAGCAGCAGCAGCAGCCAAUCUUUCUUCCUCAUCAAGGGAAAUAUUAUUGAUAUAAAAUCGGAUUCACGCAUUUCGUCUUCCGAUUCGAUCCACUACAAAAGCCCAAUUGGUUAAUCGUUUCAGUUAAUCGCAGCAUCAGAUCUCAAUAACUUGAAGAAAAAGAAAGGCGACGAUGGUUCUGCCUCUAUUGAAGCUCGGGACGUUAGCCGUUAAAACGCUAAGCAAGCCACUCGCUAGUAAGCUCAAGCAACAGGCUGCUUUUCACCCCAAAUUCCGCCAGUUAAUCAUCAACUUCGCCCAGGCAAACCACAGAUUGACGACGAGAAUGCAAAGGAGAAUCUAUAGUCAUUCAACUGAUGUUGAGAUACGCCCUUUGAAUGAGGAGAAAGCUGUCCAGGCUGCCGUUGAUCUCAUAGGGGAACUUUUUGUUUUCACUGUAGCAGGAGGUGUAGUGAUUUUUGAGGUGCAAAGGAGUGCCAAAUCAGAAGCAAGAAAGGAGGAAGUGCGCCGGCAAGAAUUCGAGGCAAUGAGGCAAAGAGAUGAAGAAUUAAGCAAGGAAGUGGAAAUUCUUAAGCACAAACUUGAAGAAAUUGAGCAGCUAGCCAAGGGACGAGGACUUGCUGGUAUUUUCCACUUCAAACAUUCUAAUACAGCAGGAGAAGUGGGAAAACCAGCUUCAUAAAACAGCGCAAUUCUAUUUCCAUAACUGCUAAUUCAUCUGAUAUCUCCAUCUCACCAGAUGAAGCUCUCUUCUAUUUCCAUUCUUUUUUGCCUUGGUUCUCAGAUUGAGUUCUGGCUUCUACUGCAAAUAUUCAUAACAAUGAUUUUUUAAGCAAAGGCUUUCCUUGUAGGAAUAAAAUGAAAGAAGGAAUUUAUGGAUGCUGAUUGAUUGA